AUGAAGCACCAAUGUAAUGGCCUGGGAGUGCAUCAGUACUUGAUUCUACAUUGCGCUACACUGGCGGAACUGAUUCACUGUCUGUCGCACCCCACCCCACCCCUCUCCCAGCGGCGCGGGCCGCCGAGCGCCAUGCCCGAGGGCUUCGUGGGACCCGCUGACCUGGUCAACGCCCUGGUCGGCCUGGUCAACGUCAUCUGCCGUGGCGUCCUCGCCCCCAUCAACUUCAUCACGCGAAAGGCUGCAAGAGAUCGGCAAAGGUUGAUAGCCAACACCGGCAGGAACCUGGCAGCACGACGCGCCAUCGAGACGCAGAGGAAGGACUGCCUCAUCUUCGAUCCAUUGGCACAAGUGCUUGCUGGAAAGGAGGCAUUCAAACGCAUCAAGGACACCAAGGCCAAGGUUCGAGCCCGAGGGAGGACCAAGCGGGCGGUUAAUCACGUCAUCCUCCGGUCCAAGUUCGUGGAUGACGCAAUCCAGAACGUUCUGGGAAGCGCACGGGUCAAGGACUAUGCACCUGUGAGGGGCGAUGCCUCGCAGUGCAGGCAGGUUGUCUCGCUGGGCUCCGGCAUGGACGCCCGGCCAUGGCGGCUGGUGCUGCCGGACGGCCUGAAAUGGUUCGAGGUGGAUUGGGCCAUCGUAGUGGACCUCAAGAGGAAGCUGCUGCGGGAAGCAGGCGCCGCAAUGGAUGCUAAAUCUAACGCACGGGCCAAGUUCCCCCUGCGUGUGGGCGCCUGGUGCGCCGUGAAGGCGGACGCCCAGGAUGCAAAGCUGAUGGACCGAUUGCAGGCGAGCGGCUUCGAUCCGGCAGUAGUCACGCUGUGGGUUGCAGAAGGCCUGUUGGUGUAUCUGGAGCCCCAAGUGGUGCCUGCCCUGCUGAAGCGCAUGGCGCAAUCAUGCUCCCCAGGAAGCAUUCUGGUGUGCACCUUCGUGAUGGCCAAGAGGCUGGAGGACAACCAGGAUGGGGGAACAGGAGCAAGGAGGGAGUGGAAGUGGGGAGCGCCCGAAAACUACGAGCAGUUCUUCGAAGAAAAUGGCUGGAAGAUCGCCCUGAUGAAGCGCCGAACCCAGGUGGCCAAGAUGUACGGCUGCGAUGCCAGCUCCCACAUCCCUGGGGCCUCACCCCCGCUCCUGUCCGAGCAGGCGGGCAUGAUGGUCGCCAAGAGGCUCUGA